GAGUUCAUUUCCCAUACGGCCAAUUAAAAAAGAAGAAAGACAAAUUGGAAAGAAUAUCUAAAAUUUCUGUUAAUGAAUUAACGUUUAAGAAUAUGAUAAUUUUGGGCCAUAAGCACAUAAUUAGGGUAUAUAUUAAAAGGGAAUCUCAUUUUAGGUUAUUAGUUGGUUGAACGUUAUAACUAUGUUGAUUUUUAAAACCCACCAAUUACAAGGGAGCUACGUUUAGCCGUAGCAUAUUUCUAGGUAUAAUUUCUUAUCUUCUCUCCACACUAACCUUAAAUAUUUUAAAGUUUUGUGUAACAGUAGGCAAAUAACACCACUGCAAAAAUUCAAAAAUUGCGCUUUUUUACAGUCAGGUUUGGAGAUAUAUAACAACUAAUGUUUCCAUUUUAUUAGUUCUAUUCUUAAAUUAAUUUACCAGUCAUAAAAUGUUGAAUUUUUUUAAUCUUUUCCAGCCUGAUUGGAAAUCAGUUUCUAUUGCUUUCCUCUCUGCAAAAUUUAUGUUUGAGUCGUAUUUGAAAUUGAGACAACAUAAUAUAUUAUCCCGUACAGUGGCACCCAGUUCAUCCAAUGAAGAAUUAGAUCAAGAGAGCUUCGAAAAGAGACAAGAAUAUUCUCGUGUUAAGUCUAAAUAUAAGUUAAUUGCAGAUACUUUGAAGUAUUUUAGAGAUUUAUUUAUCAUUCAAUCAAACUUAAAUUCCAUUAUUUGGACAGUUAGUGGUGGUAUAUUAACAAAUUCAAAUUUCUUACCACAAACUGAGCUAAGUCAGUCUUUAAUAUUUUGCACUGUUUCCAAAAUAUUAUUAUUUACCUGGAAGUUACCAUUUGAUCUCUAUUACAACUUUGUUAUCGAAGAAGAAUUUAACUUCAAUAAGAGCACAGUUCCUGAUUUACUAAUAAGUUCUUUUAUUCAAGAAUUUGUUCAAUGGGUCAUUGAUUUAACUAUUAUUUCAUCUUUUAUUAAACUUAUUCAAUAUUUUGGUAGAAUUCCAAUCUUUCAUUUAACAGCAGUCGUAUGGUUGGUUUUUACUAUGGGCUUUGCUAUAUACCCAAGGAUUAUUUUGCCUCUAUUGUUAAAGGUUAAUCCAUUACCAGAAGGCGAAUUGAGAAGUAAAAUUGAAAAAUUGGCGGAAGAUAAAUCUUUUCGUCUUAACAAAAUUUCAGCUAUCGAUGGUUCAUCAUCAACUGCUCAUACUAAUGCAUUAGCAGCAGGCUCACCUUGGAGUGGAACCAUUGCUAUAUAUGAUAAUUUUUCAGAUCAUCUUUCAAUCGAUGAAGUUGUCUCCGUGGCAGCUCAUGAAUUAGGACAUUUGAAAUUAUUCCACCUUGAACAACAAAGUAUAUACCUCAGUAUUAUAGUCGGUUCUAAGCUAUUGUUCAUCUCGAAAUUCAUUGAAAAUAAAAGUUUAUAUGAACAAUUCGGAUUACCAGGAGGCACAACUCCUUUUUUAAUUGGAUACUUGAUAGCUCAAGAUAUAUAUAUUCCAUUAGAAGUGCUUGGAACUUUUAUUGAUAAUUAUUUAAAAAGAAAAAUUGAAACUGAUGCUGAUUAUUAUUCUGCAAUUGAUUGCGGAUUCAAAGAAACAACAGCAUCAGCAUUAUCCAAACAUCUUAAAAUGAACUUAUCAACUGUUUCUCUGGAUUGGCUUUAUUCACUUUAUUUCGAGACACAUCCAAGUGCUAUAACAAGAUUAGAAGCACUUAAUGUGGCCAUAAGAAAGCAUUCUUAGAAUCGGCAACAUAAGUAAAUUAUUUCUGUUAGAAACAUUAACAGAAGUUUAUAGAAAUAUUUAGAAAUCCAUAGUCUCAAUCGAAAAUAGCUAAUCUUUAUCAACAAAAGUUGACCAUCGAAAUAUACUUGUAAUACUAAAAUAUUUGAAUGUUAAGUAGGAAUGCGCUUUUGGAAAUUGUGUCAACCUCUGUGGAUGUCAAUUCAAUUGCCACAUAUAUGUUAUAAUUCGAAAGCGAUCAUAGAAACAGUUCAGAAUUGACUUAUGGAGUAAAAUUCCAGAGCCAUGUUUUUGAAAGGCAAUUGGAUGUGAUGUAACUAAGUAAAAGUAUUUAA